AUGGGGGCAGAGUCACAAAUUCCCCGAAGCUUAAUCCACAGAAUCUACGCUCCCUUGGCUAACGAAUUUCAUUUUGCACCUCCAUUAUCUUCCUCCAGAACAAAUGAACUCGAACUCGUGCGGGGUGUUCUACGAAUGCUGCAAGGGUUUUCUGGUCCUCUGUUCUCUUGGGAUAAAAGCGAAAACAGUUUCCGUGCGAAGAGCGGAGUAUACGUCAGCCAUCUCUCGCAGAAAAGUCUCCACUCUCUUCUCAACCAGUUUAUCCACGCAGCCACGUGUCUCCAAUUCGUGGCGAUUACACUCGAUAAAGUUGAAUCUGCAGUGCCAAAGUCUCCUCCUACUUUGAACGCGUUUGCGUCCUCUGCUUCAGCGUGCCUUGAGCGAUUGCGGAAUCUUGCCUUGAAGGAGGAAACAUCCACGAGCAAUGCAGAUGGAACAACCACUCCAACCUUGUUAGGAUUGGCCAAUUCCUUAUCGAGUCUUUGCUCAGGGGCUGAGUUCCUAUUUCAAGUAGUGCAUGAGGCCAUUCCUGCUGUAUACUUUGAGUUUGGUGUGUCUGUACCAGCAGCAGAGCUCACUGUUCACGUGCUUGACUAUCUUCAUAAGAAGCUUGAUGAAAUGUGUCUUGUACAAGGUGGUGAGGAGGAAGCUAAUCAGAUGGUGCUUUAUAUGUAUGUUGGAAGCUUGUUGCCGUACAUUGAGGGUCUUGAUUCCUGGCUUUUCGAAGGAAUUCUAGAUGAUCCUUUUGGUGAGAUGUUCUUUUUCACUAAUAAAGAAGUCUCAGUUGACAAGACUGAGUUUUGGGAGAAGAGUUAUUUAUUAAGAAUGCUACAGCAUAGCAAGUUAGGUUCAGAAUUCUCGUCCACAAAUUAUGUCAAUGAUUCAGUGCCAGCAUCAAAUGACAAGGAAAUCAACGGGAGGGAUUUCAUCUCUUUGUCUGGUACAAUUAAAGGAAAAGAGCCAAGCAUUAUAGACCGUCCAGCUUGUCCUUUUUUUAUUAAGGACCUAGCUAAAUCAAUAAUUUCUGCUGGAAAAUCUUUGCAGCUGAUGCGCCAUGUACCUAAUUCCUCAGUAAAUUGUAGGAAAGAAAGUAAUUAUGAUGUUGGAAGUACCAAAUGUUUAAACUAUGGUUUAUAUCCUUCUCAGAGAAUGGCUGGGCUGACCUUGCCAGAAGUUUUUUCUGUAUCUCUAGUUGGACUUGUUGGUUACAGUGACCAUGUCUGUAAGUACUUCUGGCAAGAGAACUGGUAUGAAUGUGCAACUGUUUCUUACCAUGCAUCUUAUGUAAAUGAGGAAAAAACAGAUGACAAGAAUGAAAAAUCAAUUACUCCACCUUAUUCAGAGAAGACUUGGUAUAAGUUAUUGAUUGAUACAUUAUUUCAGAAAAGAUCAGCUGACAUGAAGUUAAAUUAUGAAGACACAAAUAAUGGCGCAUUAGAGCUGAGAGGAACUAGAGUUUUUGAAGAUGAAGUGCUUCUCUUGAGGUCAUAUGUAGAAAAUCCAGUUAUUACAGUAUGUCAAGCAAACCUUGGAAUGAAUGGGAAUGCCUUGAAAACUUUGAAUUUAUCUCGAAAAUUCAUCUUGCCUUCAUUAAAUGAUGAGAGUUUAAGAACAGCUAUAUUUGGUGCAGAAAGUACAGAAUUUUCUGACAGUGAAGGGACAAACUAUACUUUUGGCUUCCACUUUGGGGAAUCCGAAUACCUUCGCUCACAGGAUGACAGAAAGCUGUUAGAAAUGUUGUUUCCUUUUCCCACUAUUUUACCUUCAUUUCAGGAUGAUGUUCCUGUGUCAGAGCUAUUACCUUUUCAGAGAAACAGCAGUCUUAUUUCAAGAGUACUUCGAUGGAUGCAAAAUGUUGACCUAAGAACUACUCCACUUCCUAUGGUUAUUAUGCAGUACUGUCUAACCGUCUACAUUCAGAAACAGGUGGAUUAUAUUGGAGUGAAUAUGUUGUUAAAGUUGAUGAAUGAAUGGAAAUUGAUGGAUGAGCUUGCAGUGUUGCGGGCUAUAUACUUGCUAGGUUCAGGUGAUUUGCUGCAACACUUUUUGACUGUAAUUUUCAAUAAGUUAGAUAAGGGUGAAGCAUGGGAUGAUGAUUUUGAAUUAAACACAAUAUUGCAGGAAUCAAUCAGAAAUUCUGCUGAUUGUAUGCUGUUAAGUGCUCCAGAUUCAUUGGUAGUGUCAAUAACCAAAAGUCGUGUUGACAGUGAUGAGGAAGCUAGCACAGCUGGUGUCGUUCAGAGUACUUCUCGUCAAAGUCAUGUCAAUAGCUUUGGAAUUAAUGGCCUAGAUAUGCUCAAAUUCACGUAUAAGGUCCCUUGGCCACUUGAACUCAUUGCAAAUACAGAGGCAAUUAAGAAGUACAACCAGGUGAUGCGGUUCUUGCUGAAGGUCAAGCGUGCAAAAUUUGUAUUAGAUAAAGUGAGGAGAUGGAUGUGGAAGGGUAGGGGAUCUCCUACAAACUACAGAAAGCAUCAUUGGUUAGUGGAGCAAAAACUCCUUCAUUUUGUAGAUGCUUUUCACCAAUAUGUGAUGGAUCGGGUAUAUCACAGUGCUUGGCGUGAACUAUGUGAAGGUAUGACUGCAGCAAAAUCUCUGGAUGAAGUCAUUGAAGUACAUGAGACUUACAUUUUAUCAAUUCAGCGGCAAUGCUUUGUGGUUCCUGAUAAGCUGGGGGCUCUAAUUGCCAGCCGCAUCAACAGCAUCCUUGGCAUAGCUCUAGAUUUUUAUAACAUACAGCAGACAUUAAGUAGUGGUGGAGCUGUUUCUGCAAUCAAAGCAAGAUGUGACAUGGAAGUGGACCGGAUAGAGAAGCAAUUUGAUGAUUGCAUAGCUUUCUUACUUAGGGUUUUAUCAUUCAAAUUAAAUGUAGGACACUUCCCUCAUCUGGCUGAUUUGGUGACCAGAAUCAAUUACAACUAUUUCUACAUGUCUGCAAAUGGAAAUUUGAUGACUGCCUCCAGUUCUGGAAGUGUGACCUCAAGGUUGGGCAAGUCCCCUGGAUAG